AUGAAGACUCCUGGUCCUGGAAAUUACCAAUUGGAGUAGAGUCAUACUCAAAGACCUAAAAAUAAGGGAUUUUCUACUAGCUAAAGAACAAACAUACUUUUAUCAAAUCAUCCAGGACCUGGUUCAUAUGAAAUAGAAAAGCCCAAGUUUUAGACAAAUAUUAAAUUUCCAAAAUCAUAAAGGAGCAUGGAUUGGAGUCAGAUUGGGCCAGGUCCAGGAGCAUUUGAUCUUAAUUCCCCAAAAUAAUAAGGCAUUACAUUUGGAAGCAAAACAAAUUAACAAAUUGACAGAGCAAAUGUUCCAGGACCAGGUAGUUAUGACCCAGAUGUAGUUGAGGGAAAGUUUAAAAGUAUUAAAGGAGCAAAAAUAGGGAAGUCGGAGAGAAGUAGUUAAAACUUUUCAAAACUUGGUCCAUCUCCCCUUGAUUAUGAUGUUUCUAAUUAUAAAUAUCCUACUAGACAUGCAAGCUUCAAUAAGGCAAUGAGACCAUCAAUAAUAUCAACAGAAAGAACUCCAGGGCCAGGAUCAUACACAAUCGAUUCGCAACUAAAAAAGAAUGGGGCAAUCAUACCAAAGGCUCCUAAGGAUCAAAUUAAUUUUGAAAAUUUGCCAGGACCUGGAAAGUAUAACCCCAAUGAUUCAAUGAUUUCUAAUAAAGGACCUAGUUAUCAUAUUGCAAAAAAAUAUGAUAAACCUCAAGAGUCAAGUUUACUGGGACCUGGCAGAUAUGAUAUUAUAAGAGAUAUUAAUGAUGGACCCAAAUACACAUUUCCUACUCUUGAAAAAAGUAUGGAGAAAAAAUCAAUAGAUCUAAAUCAUUCACAUUGUUAUGAAAUACAGUAAACAAUAGGAUACAUUCCUUAAUAUGUUCUUCAUAGUUGA